GGAUGAAACGCCUGUUUGGCUGUGUUUGGAUCAAAUAGAACACAGAAGGAUGCAGGUGUCAAACGUUCAAGUGUUCUCGCAGAUACUAUACCAAAGUGUGUGUGGCUAUGGCCUUACGUGCAACAUUUAGACGAUGUUUAUGGAUGCUGUCGUGGAUCCCUGUUGUAAUCCUCACAUCGGUGGUCUUGUGGUCUUAUUACGCGUAUGUGGUUCAGCUCUGUCUCAUGAUACAUCUCCUGUUGUUCCAUAUUUGUUUUGGGAUGUUCUCGUGGGCAUUUUGGAGGUCUGUAUUUACCACCCCAUCUACACCUUCAAAAGAGUUCCAGCUCUCUCUGUCAGACAGGCAGCGCUAUGCAGAGCAGGACACUCCAGAGGCUCAGAGACAGGUUCUCCUGGAGAUCUCUCAGAAGCUUCCAGUGCAUUCUCGCUCUGCCUCAGGAGGCUAAACAACUGUAUGGGAUUCUCUAACUACAAGUUCUUCCUGCUCUUCCUGGCUUUCUCCCUGCUCUACUGCCUUUUCAUUGUUGCCACAGUCGCACCCUACUUCGGCAAGUUUUGGCUGGGUCAGCUUUUGAACAACUCAACAGUGAAACUGCAUGUGCUCUUCCUCAUGCUGGUGUCGUUGAUGUUCGCCGUCACUCUCUCCUUUUUACUUGGCUUCCACUGCUGGUUGGUCACCAAGAACAAGACCACUCUUGAGUGGUUGUCAGCCCCUUUCUUCCCCUAUGGGCCUGACCGAAGAGCAUUUGACGUGGGCCUGAAGAGGAAUGUGUUGCAGGUGUUUGGAUCCCAAAGGAAAUGUUGGCUACUGCCUGUCUUCAGCAGUGAUGGUGAUGGGCAGGUCUUCCCUCUCAGGAGGAAGCCUUUGGCCUCUUACCCCCAUGGUAUACAUUUAGAUGGAUGCUUGGAAGAGGCAGAGAGACACAUUGGGAAACAUCCCUCUAAGGAUUCCUCAGAAUGGGUUUGGGACAAUCGUCAUUCAAAUGAGGCCAGAUCAGAUCUCCAUCUUGAAGCUGAAUUCUGAGGAAGUUGUGGGAGCACAAGCUCAAGUGAAGUCAGUAUGUUGAAAUAUGUUUUGAGACUUAAACUUUUAAAACACAAUAAUAUUGCUUAAUGAGUCAUGUAAACAUGCAGGACAUUUAUAUUGCAGUAAAAUACUGAUAAACAUCUGAUAGACUUAUAUCAAGAGGCUCUACAGAUGCUAAUUUCACAUGGAAGUCAGCAACAUGUUUCAAACCAUUUCUUAUGUGAAACUUCAAAUC